AUGACAAGCCCAAGCAUUUGCCACUACGGCACCUUGGCGCGUUUGUAUGUCGAAGAAGAUGAGUGGGCCGAAGAUGAGGAAAUUAGCAAAGGUUGUUUCAAGACGAACAAGAAGUCUCCAUACCGAGCUGACAAGGAUUUACUGCUUGCAUUGGGAGAUUCUCACCUUUUCGUUCUUCGUCGAAAACAACAAAGAACCCGAUCGUGUGUCUGUAUGUCCCCACCAGAACUCACACUCGAGAGCAGCACACAACAACGACUCGCAAGCGAAUUCCAGUGUCCUCACCUGCAGUCGUACGAUGACUACGAACAGUGGGCGGCAAUGGAGUAUUCAGCUAUUGUUCAGGUGCAACUCACCUUCAAAACGACUAAUGAAUCGGGUAAAGGUGGCAGUUUAGCAGCACGAACGAAAGAUUUGGUCGUGGUGGUGAAAGACGGAAGCAAAUUGUGGAUCGAAUUCGAGCACAAUUUGGGUCGAGGUGCCUUCUUGGACGCUCUUAUGGCAGCUUCAGCCCCGCACGUGACGCUCGACUUGGACUACGCCGAUAUUGGCAAACCCGUUCAAGCCGAAAUAGCUGCUGAAACAUCAUCGAAAGACGUUGAAACACCUGUUUCACCACGGAUGGUGUUUGAAUUCCAGCGAGCAGCGUCUCGCUUGGCCGUGAUGCUCGCACUGGAGAUCGAUGCUGACGAUCUCGAUGUGGCACUGUACGGCGAGACAGAGCAUGGGACUGCAGUGAUCUCGCAGAACCUUUCCAGUGUUUAUACCGGGCCUGACCAACCUGCUCUAAGUUUUAACUUCCGACGUGAGGCUUUACGUAAAGCCAUAGACAUUAGAGUACAACUGGCAUUGCAGCUCUCUAGUGACGUGGAACUGGACAACCCACAAUGCCAUUUCUUACUUGGAACGGCUAUGGAGCUAUCGCGUGUCUUGGAUGAACCAGAUUUGCAUGCACUAACGUGGCUGGUUAGUGGUUUUAUUAACCUUCAGCGAGCACUAUUGUCCACACCACCUACCUCAACAAAGCUGGCUCAGUCGCAACUGGAACAUGCGAUCAAGAUCUCUCGUGAACACUCGUUAAGACUACAGUUAGCGCUGUCGUUAGCGUGUUACGGUGAUCUACAUCGUUUAAGCACGCAGGAUAUCCCUGCUGCAAGAGUGGUGCUCAUUGAGGCAGCGAGGUUGAUGCCGACAAACGCUCUGGACGUUUCCAGUAAGAUGCAGCUUCAUGACAAGAUCCAUCGCCUUGGAAUCGCCUUAUCACCACGAAAUGAACGUGAAACACAGGAUAAAAAUGUGAUCGAUUUGUGGAAAGCACUAUCGACUGCUAUGUCGACACCAAACCAAUAUUCUCAAAACUCGCUACUGCGUCCUGUGACCAAAAGCAGCACAGAGCGGACGCGCGAUUGUUUAGUUGAAAUAUUCAUUGCUACAAGUGUUGGAACCACGACUGGACCAGUGCGGCUUCUACGUGUGUAUUUUACCGAGCAAUCGACGUUCGAGUGGUUAAAACACGAGACCAAUCAGCGUUUAAACGCCAUCCCAAUGUUUGAGCUCGCGGAAGACGAAGAAGAGUCAAUGACCACUGAAGUUGUCGGGUUUUACGACUCUGUGAAGAAGAAUCAAUCCAUGAUCUCCUGGGACUCUCGAAUCCUCGAUGUUGUCCGUGUUGACUGGCACAGUCUUCGUGCGGUAGUGCGUCAAACGGUGAAAGAUGAACCAAACGUACCGGAGUCGCCACCCCAACGUACGAUGUUACCGACACGACCACCGGUUGAGGUGAGAUGCUCGAAAUGCCGCAAGCAGAUGCAGUUAAGAGAAGUGGAGGCACACUCGGAAUCGUGCAAGUAG